AUGAGGAAACGAGUGGGCUCAGUUGAUCUGUGCCCGAGACAGAACGUAACCGACCUAAAGGGCACCUUCGAAUGGGACUACACCCCCGCGGGGGAGUACGCCUUCUUACCCUGCCCUAAUGGGGGCUGGCUGGAGGAGUACUUCCCCACCGCCCCUCCCAUGAUGAUAGCCUACCGCCCCUGCUAUCCACCCAUGGUAAGAAAGGGGCUGAGGCAGCUGUUCUACGACGGGGCUUUCUGGGGCGAGCCGGUGACGGACAUCUGUCGAUGGAGCUCGGAGACGAGAUGGAUGCUGGAUGAGAUCCGCAAGGCGAUCAGGGAGGAAAUCUUGGAUAUGAUCCGCAACACUCCCAGCAACAACUUCAACAGUAACAACGUCACCCGAAUCAUCUACCACCUCCGUGAAGCCAGUCUCUUGAUCAACUCUGUCCCCACCGACUACCUCACCGAAGUUGACGUUCUCAUGGUCGCCUCGGUGAUCGACACCUCCGUCAGCGCCGGCGUCGAGGGACUCUACACCGUCACCUCGGAGCUUGGGCAAGAGGUUGUCAACUUUGCCGACCGCAUCCUGGACAUUGAUAUUUGGACGCUGCUGAAGGCCCACAGCUCUUGCCUCAGUAUUGCUGAUAAUCUCGAAAUCUGCACGGAACGCGUCAAGAUGGGUAUACUCGGCGACAAACUGACGCAUUACGGUCGCAAUCUUUACAUCGAAGUCGAGCAGACGACACCUGAAUAA